AUGGGCUCACGUGGGAGGGCUAAACGUGGUGGGCGGCAUACACUGAAGCGUGCCAGAAGGGAAACUGAUCGCAUUCACAGGAAACGAGGCCGCUAUAUAUCCCGUAGAGUGAAGACUAUGGGCGGCUGCGGUCGAGCUUGCAUGACUUGCCGUUUCGAUGUGAUAUGCAACUAUGUGAAGCCGCGAGGGGAAUGGGUGCCGACUCGUUGGAUAAGGAGUAACCUCGACCCUCUAGAAUCGGAAUCACCAGUGCAAGCACCGAUGGCAACAAAUGAAGACGCUACAUCCAACCAAGCAAAGGACGAUUCUGAUGUCGGUGGCAACGACUGGGACAUGAACCCUGGCGAUGACUUUGUUGUCGAGGAUAUUAUGCCUGAGUCAUUCAUGUAUCGUGUUAUAGUACUUCUACUACUACAGCGGAACCUCACACCAAAGUUCGUGUAUGUCGCACCGUCCACUCGUGCGGCUGCUGCGAAGAGGCUUCUGCACCUCCUCCACCCCAACGGGGGUAAUGUCGACUUUCGGCACGAUGGGAUGCUCCUGCAUCCCGAAGUCAUAGGACAAGUGGUGAAGAACUGGGACCUGCACAGCUAUUCCCUCCUCGAAGUGGCCCCCUGGAUGAACGCUUCACCGGCCUUGCAAGAAAGGUUCGCCAACACACUGGACAUCUUCCAACUGUGCGACCCCACAGGUAAAGUUAUGGGCCACUACGACCGAGGGGUAUCGGCACUAUUGAGGACUACACUGAAGCUUGGGGACAACAACACAGUGCCGUGUGGGCUGAUACUUAUGUAUGAGACCCAAGAGCAUGCUACCAAUGAGUUCUCGAGGCUCCAGAUGAGGUCUAUGACCGAAAGUUACGCAGAUGAGUGGCUGAAUGAACUACAGCCGACUGAGGAAGGAGGGGAGCCUCAGCCUGGGGUUAUACUAACAGUUCACCACUACGACCCACAAGUGACCCAUCCGUCACAGUACGAGAUAGAACGGAAAGAUGGUAUAUCGAGGUUGGUAUGUGUAGUGAGGGCCCUACAUGUGAAGUACUUCUGGCCACGAGAAGCGGGAGAUGGACAGGUCAUCCAGCUAUCACCGGGUCAAACCUUGGGGACGGCAGAUGAUUACAAUAUAGUCACGGACCUGCAGACUUGGGAGACCGGCGAGAAGUCUAAUGAAGCGCCGCAAAAGGCAGCUGAGGACGAUGACCCUGAGGACUUCUUUCGAGUGCUCCCGUGGGUGAAGGACAAAACUAAGAGCGAUUUCGUUAGAGCAACUUAUGCAUAUGUCAAAAGGGACGAUGCUGGCGAGAUAACCUCAGUGGUGGCGGCCGUGUCGGUGACAGGGGACGUUGACACGAAGAAGCCUGCGCGUCUGGUGAUGGCCUCCCCUUAUGUCGAUACGGAGUCAGUACCGCGAGAGGAGGCCGAGCAGGCUCUGGACACUGUGCUUCAGCAUGUCUUUGCUAAGUAUCGGAGGAGCGUUGGGAUCAUCUUGUACGACUCGAAGGAUACUUUUUAUGAGUUUACUGAGGAGUCCAUACUCCCGCGGCAUCGGUAUUGGACUGAUAGAGAAGCAGGUAUAUGCCUUACCGCAGUCCCGGUCCAGAUGCCUGUGCCUGCCCAAGAGUGCCUCCUACACUCCCCGUACGUCAUACCAGCAGAGUUCCUCAGUUUUGAGACCUACUUCAAGACCCCUACGGGCUAAUGACGGCCAUGUGAUAAGCGUUUCCGUUG